GCAAAGACUGCCGCGGCUGCGGUGGCAGAGGAGAGCAGCACGCGUCCCGUAGACGCCGCAGCGGGCUCCCGGGGCACUCGGCCAAGACGAUUGGAGGCAGGCGCGGGUUUGGGAGUUAAGAAUUGGAUGGUUACGCUUUUCCUGGGCCCGAGCAGCCACGCUGCCUAGCGCGACGGAGAAACUUUGAGCACCAGGAACCGAAGGCACUGGCGGAGUUGAGCCGGAGCGCAAGGGGGCCCAUCCGGCUUUAUUUAUUGGCGCCUCUGGGAAAAGAAGGGACAGACAUCUACCCACCUUGCCGCGUCCCUUACCAUGUUCAGCUGGGUGGUCACCGGGGCCGCGCUCUCGGUCCUACUGGGCUGUCUGCUUCUCACAGGAUCCAGUUCAGGGUCCAAAUUGAAAGGACCUGAACUAAGUUUAAAAGGCACACAAUAUGUCAUUCAAGCAGACCAGACAUUAUAUCUUAAAUGCAGGGGGGAAGUGGCCCAUUCAUGGUCUUUGCCUAAGACUGUGAGUAAAGAAAGCAAAAGACUGAGCAUCACCACAUCUGUCUGUGGGAGGAAUGGUAAACAGUUCUGCAGCACCCUGACCUUGGGCAGGGCACAGGCCAAUCACACGGGCUACUAUAGCUGCAGAUACUUAUCGACACCUGUUUCAAAGAAAAAGAGAACAGAAUCUACAAUCUAUAUAUUUAUAAAUGACACAGGCAGUCCAUUUGUAGAGCCUCACAGCAUCAUGCCUGAAACUGUACAUAUGACUGAAGGACGGGAAAUGAUCAUUCCCUGUCGAGUUUCAGCACCAGACAUCACCGUUACAUUGAAAAAGUUUCAGAUUCCUGAUGUGAAGACCCUGAUUCCUGAUGGGAAGACAAUAAUCUGGGACAAUAAGAGGGGUUUUAUUAUACCAAAGCCAACAUACAGAUUCAUAGGACUUCUGAGCUGUGAAACAACAGUCAAUGGCCAUUUGUACAGCACAAAUUAUCUAACAUAUCGACAAGACAACACAAUCAUUGAUGUCCAGUUAAGUACACUAAAUCCAAUUAAAUUACUGAAAGGUCAGACUCUUGCCCUCAAUUGUACUGUUACUGCUGCCUGGAACACAAGAGUUCAGAUGACUUGGAAUUAUCCUGGUGAAGCAAAUAAUAGAGCUUCUAUCACUCCAAGGUUUGAUCAAAGUAAUUCCCAAGCCAAUGUAUUCUACAGCACUCUUAUAAUUGACAAAGUGCAAAGCAAAGACAAAGGACUUUAUACAUGUCAGGUGAAAAGUGGACCAUCCUUCAGAUCUGCUAACACAACAGUGCAUGUAUAUGAAAAACCGUUUAUCACCGUGAAACAUCGAAAACAGCAGGUGCUUGAAACGAUAGCGGGCAAACGGUCCUAUCGGCUUUCUAUGAAAGUGAAGGCAUUUCCCUCGCCAGAGGUUGUAUGGUUAAAGAAUGGGUUACCUGCUGUUGAGAAAUGUCCUCGAUAUGUGAUGCAUGGCUAUUCCCUAAUUAUCAAGGAUGUGGCAGAAGAGGAUACAGGAGAUUAUACAAUUUUGCUGAGCCUAAAACAAGCAAAAAUAUCCAAAAAUCUAACAACCACUCUCAUUGUAAAUGUGAAACCCCAAAUUUAUGAAAAAGCUGUGUCAUCAUUCCCAGAUCCUAAUCUCUACCCACUGGGUAGCCAACAGAGCCUGACUUGUACUGUUUAUGGUGUUCCCCAACCUACAAUUAAGUGGAUUUGGUAUCCUUGUGGCCAAAACUAUUCCAAAGCAAGGUAUGACUUUUGCUCUAACAAUGACAGAUCUUUCAACUUGGAUGCUGACAGCAAAAUUGGAAAUAGAAUCCAGACCAUCACUCAACGUAUGGCCGUAAUAGAAGGCAAGAAUAAGAUUGCAAGCACUCUGGUCGUGGCUGACUCUAGAGCUUCUGGCAUCUAUAGCUGUGUGGCUUCAAAUAAAGUCGGACAUGUGGAAAGAAACAUUAGCUUUUAUGUCACAGAUGUGCCUAAUGGAUUUCAUGUUAACUUGGAAAAAAUGCCUGCUGAAGGAGAAGAUCUGAAAUUGUCUUGCAUGGUCAGCAAAUUCUUAUACAGAGACAUUACUUGGAUCUUGCUUCGAACAGUGAACAAUCGAACGAUGCACCACAGCAUCAGCAAACAAAAAAUGGCUGUCACCAAGGACUACUCCAUCACACUGAAUCUCACCAUCAAGAAUGUUUCUCUGGAAGAUUCAGGCACCUAUGCCUGCAGAGCCAGGAACAUUUAUACCGGGGAAGAAAUUCUUCAAAAGAAAGAAGUUACAAUUAGAGAUCAGGAAGCACCCUACCUCCUCCGUAACCUCAGUGAUCAGAUAGUGGCCAUCAGCAACUCCACCACUUUAGACUGUCAGGCAAAAGGUGUGCCAGAACCACAGAUAACCUGGUUUAAAAACAACCAUGAAAUACAGCAAGAGCCAGGUAUUAUUUUGGGCCCAGGAAGCAGCACACUGUUUAUUGAAAGAGUCACAGAGGAGGAUGAAGGCUUCUACCGUUGCAAAGCCACCAACCAGAAAGGUUCUGUACAGAGCUCAGCAUACCUCACUGUACAAGGAACCUCGGACAAAUCCAACCUGGAGCUAAUCACUCUGACAUGCACCUGUGUGGCUGCAACCCUCUUCUGGCUCUUGCUGACUCUCUUUAUUCGAAAACUGAAAAGGACUUCUUCUGAAAUAAAGACAGAUUAUCUAUCAAUUAUAAUGGAUCCAGAUGAAGUCCCUCUUGAUGAGCAAUGUGACCGACUACCCUAUGACGCCAACAAGUGGGAGUUUGCCCGAGAAAGACUUAAGCUGGGAAAAUCACUUGGACGUGGAGCUUUUGGAAAAGUGGUCCAAGCAGCUGCAUUUGGCAUUAAGAAAUCGCCCACGUGCCGGACAGUGGCUGUGAAAAUGCUGAAAGAGGGGGCCACAGCCAGUGAAUACAAAGCUUUGAUGACCGAGCUUAAGAUCCUGACCCAUAUUGGACACCAUCUGAAUGUGGUGAACCUACUGGGAGCCUGUACCAAGCAUGGAGGUCCUCUCAUGGUGAUAGUUGAAUACUGCAAAUAUGGAAAUUUAUCCAACUAUCUCAAGAGCAAAAGAGAUUUCUUCUUUCUCAAUAAGGAUGCAGCCUUACACACUGAGCCCAAGAAAGAAAAGGAGUCUGAGCUCGAACAAGGCAAGAAACAAAGACUGGACAGUGUCACCAGCAGUGAGAGCUUUGCUAGCUCUGGAUUUCAGGAAGAUAAAAGUCUGAGUGAUGUUGAGGAGGAAGAGGAGGAUUCUGAUGAUUUCUACAAGCAACCCAUCACCAUGGAAGAUCUCAUUUCGUACAGUUUUCAAGUGGCCAGAGGCAUGGAGUUCUUAUCUUCUAGAAAGUGCAUUCACCGAGAUCUGGCAGCCCGAAACAUCCUUUUAUCUGAAAACAAUGUAGUGAAGAUUUGUGACUUUGGCCUCGCUAGAGAUAUUUACAAGAAUCCUGAUUAUGUGAGAAAAGGAGAUACCCGGCUUCCGCUUAAAUGGAUGGCUCCUGAAUCCAUCUUUGACAAAAUCUAUAGUACAAAGAGUGAUGUGUGGUCUUAUGGGGUGCUGCUAUGGGAAAUAUUCUCCUUAGGUGCUUCUCCCUACCCAGGAGUGCAAAUUGAUGAAGAUUUCUGCAGCCGUCUGAAGGAAGGCACCAGGAUGAGAGCUCCAGAAUAUGCUACUUCGGAAAUUUAUCAAAUCAUGUUGGAUUGCUGGCAUAAGGACCCCAAAGAAAGGCCAAGAUUUUCUGAAUUGGUGGAAAAACUAGGAGACUUGCUUCAAGCAAAUGUGCAAAAGGAUGGUAAAGACUAUAUUCCACUGAAUAAUAUACUGACUGGAAGUAAUGGGUUCACAUAUUCCACCCCUGCCUUCUCUGAACCCUAUUUCAAAGAAGAUAGUUCAACUCCGAAAUUCAGUUCAGGAAGUUCUGAUGAUGUCAGAUAUGUAAAUGCUUUCAAAUUCACGCACCCACAGAGAGUAAAAACCUUUGAAGAGCUUUCCCCAAAGGCCACCACAGUGUUUGAGGAUUACCAGGCAGAUAGCGGCAUGGUGUUGGCACCUCAAGAGCUGAAGCGCUUCACUUGGACAGAGAGCAAACCUAAGUCUCCCUUGAUGUUUGGCUUAAAAGUGACCAGCAGAAGCAAGGAAUCAGGCCUUUCUGAUAUGACCAGGCCUACUUUCUGCCAUUCCAGCUGCGGUCAUGUCAACGAAGUGAAUCGCAGAUUUACAUAUGACAACUCUGAGCUGGAAAGGAAGAUCUCAUGCUGCUCUCCUCCUCCUGACUACAAUUCAGUGGUCUUGUACUCCAACCCACCAGUCUAAAACUUUAGCAUAAAGAAGUAUUGCAAGAAGCAAAUGCAUAUUUAUAUCCAGUAUAAAUUAGUUUUCUCCAGUGUAAUACACUUACAUUUUAACCCUUUUCCUUUCCACAGGAGCCAUUUAAAAAAAUUUUUAAGAGUGCUUUUCCAGACUAACAAAAAAAAUGAAAACAUGAACAUGAACAGAGGCAUUCUCACUAAAACCUUUAGAUACAUAGUAAAUGAUCUAAAUUAUUUCUGGGCCCAACAGCAUAACCAUACCAUAUAUGCCCCUGGGGAGUCUAGCAUCUGGCCUCAUUUGGAUAAUCAAGGAAAAACAGUGACCGUCCGAUAAAAGAAAUCAAGAGAGGUAGCAUAGUAUAGAGCACUGACUUGGAUUCAGGGGACCUGGACCCAUAUUCCAGCUCUCUUACCUGUGUGACCUUGGGAAAGUUACUUUCCUGGCCUGUAAAAUGAAGGGGUUGGAUUAGAUGAUUGCUAAGCCCUUAUCCAACUCUCAAUUCUAUUUUCCUAUUUCCUAGGAGACCAAUAAGUAUCUUUGGUUCUUGUUCUGAGACUCUCUGGGUUCUAGGUCAUCCUUUUAUCUGGAGCCCCAUCAGCAUCAAAACAAAGAAUGGCAUUUUUUUAAAGCUCUGAGGGCCAACUGCGAGCUAAACAUUUACCAUGGGUACCACAAGUAUACUUAAGAUAUAAGAAUGGGGUACAGGAGGAGAGAGGAGAGAAGAAAGGAGACAUAGACAAAAGAAAGGAAAAGGCAAGAAAAAGAGCUGUGUCUCUGUGGUGGGAGCUAGGAGAAUAGCAUAGCACCCACAUCAUGGGCUGCUUCUUCCUAAUCUAUCUUAGAUUUGGGGCAUGUAAAAUGGGGGAGUAGAAAGAGUGAUGGGGUGAAGGAACUUUUUUUUUCUGAAUUCCAGGAAGGGAAGAAUAAAGACAUUCCUUGGAAAUGUUACCGUAAACCAUUCUCAUCCUAAGAAAUUUUCAUUGUAACAUUAGUACCAUUUAGCUGGCCUUAACAAAUCUCACGGCUCUGCCUUUCCUAUGCACAGUUCUGGAGAUGCCAUGCCAGGAUGGCUCCAGCUUCUUCUAUUCAUGGUUCACAUGAAGCUAGUGGUCAUUAGCUUGGGCUUAUGACUGUUGGAUCUAAUGAAUGCUGGCUGUUGGGCUCAGGGCCACAUUUUAGACUUACAAUGAUGAAUGUCAUUAUCAUCAACAGUAUUAAUGUACAGGAGCUAAAAGCUAUUUAUGUUGCUUUUGUACCAGAUUUUGUAUAGUGAUUCCUGAAAGGAAGUUUAGAGUGAAGAUGUAGGCUUUUGGAGACAGACUCUAGGACAAGAUUUUCGAAUUGGCAAAAUAAAGGCUGGGGAAAGGGAAAAAAAAACAUCCACCUUUGAAACCAAUUCAUCUCCUCCAAUAAGGUCAGGCAACAAGAAAGAUACCUAAAUCCCUAUUUCAGCUAAUUAGCUGAUGUGAUAGGGAUUCCUUCUCUCCUAUAGGGAAUUCUUGAGAACAUGAACUAAAUAUUAUCUAUCAAGCACUUUAAAAUUCUUGUAGCACAUAAUCUAUAAGGUCUUAUGUCAUCUAUUCAAGCCAUUAGAAUUAGGCGAGGUUGGAUAGUCCAAGUCCUAGAAGAGGAAUGUCCCCUUUCACUUGCCUUAAGUCAUUGGGCCUAAAUACAGAGGGAUGAAGGAAGAGAGCCAGGAUGUCAAAAAGUGUUCAUUUUGAGGGCCUGGAGAUUUAGGCCUGGCUUGAGCUGAAACCCAUAAAAGAAAACUGAGGCUAAAGUUUGGUCAUACUUGAAGAAAAGCCGUGUGCUCCCACUGGGAUCUCUAUCCAGAAGCAGACAGACCAAUCAACAUUAUGGAAGUUGCUAUUCUCUUUAGAAUAAACUACAUUUCAUUGUCCUCAAAUGUAUAAGUUGAAUGAGAGAGGGAUUUUAUGCUUUCUUAUUUGACCUACUCUUUCAACUGCAUGUCCCAAAGUUUCAUUUGCAUGGAAAAGGAAAGAACAAAGUAUCAUUUAAAUAGGAACAUUCCCAGAAAGGAAAAUGGAAGCCCAAAGGUGAGUAGUGAGUGUGGCUGGAUGAUCUAGAUAUACCAGAGAAGAAAUGAAGCAAAAUAAAAGGCAGAGUCAGUACCUGUGGGAAGGUAAGGCUGUGUCUUCUCUCUUCUUUACACUUCCCACCAGUCGUAGCUGACUAGAAGUAUGAGUUAGACAGCCAGAAAUAUCAGGAAAUAUAACAGGAAUUAAAAAAAGACAAAAUCCCGAAUCAAUUCUCUAAUUUUCCAAAUCGAACAAAGACAAUGAUAUAGAAAAGCUUACAACGAGGUUGUCUAUUAUCAGAGCCAGCAACUCCAAACAAAGUCAGGCAGCAUCAUUUCAUAAUUAAAAUAGAAAAUUUCAUUUCAUGGUUAAUGAGGGGGAUGGAAUGAUGCAGGUUGAGCAGGGAACAGCUUAUUAGGUCGUACUCAGCCAGGAAAAAAUGCUGAUUAGACAUUCAAAACAAAGCUUUGACAGUGAUUAAACAUUGGAGUUAUGCCUGGUUUCUCAGUCCAUAAGAAUCUUGAACCAGAAGCCUAAUCUUUCUAAUACAUCUUUGAUCAAGUGGGUAGAAAAUAUAUGUAUAUAUAUAUAUAUUUAUAUGUAUAUGCUUUUUGUGCACAAAUAUUUAAGGAAACUGGAAUUUUUAAGGUUACUUUUAUACAAACAGAAUGUAUGCUGCAGUUAUGAAUGAGUUUUGGUCCUGUCUUGUAUUUCUAGUCAUUUAACAAAAUGUGUUUUAAGUAUCUUCAUAUAAUAAAUUA